CUCCCGGCUCCCUCCUCCCCUGACCCCGCCCACUGGGGCUCUCUCACCCCGGAACCUGUCCAACCGGUUCCCGGGGCUCCCCCCUCAGAGAGCCCCAGCCAUGGCCACUGCCUCCUCUUCCUCCUCCCCAUGCCCGGGGCCUCCUUCGGCAGCUCCAGGCGCCCCGGCUCCCAUUGCCAGGGCAUCUUCAGCCUCUUCGGGCCUGGGCCGCUGCCGGGUAGCUCUGCUGCUGGCCGUGGGCCUGGACGUGGCCGGGAUGGUGGCCUUACUGACCGGUGUCUUUGCCCACCUGCAGGUCCAAGGUCGGGACUUUGGAGACCUGCUCAUCUACUCAGGGGCCCUCAUGGUCUUCCUCAGCCUGCUUGGCUGGAUCUUCUGGUACACGGGCAACAUCGAGAUCUCCCGCCAGGAGCUGGAGCGGGACUAUGGCCGCAGGCCGGGCACGCUGGCCCGGCUGGCCCACAAGCUGUCCAGGCGCUGGUCUGCCCAGCCGGGCCCGGGUGGCGGGGGCGCCCGGGGGCGCCGAGGCCCUCCCAAGCGCCAGGCCCAGACUUCCCGCCGCGUCCGCCUGCAGCUGAGUCGGCUGGAGGCCUCGGCAGCAGGAUCAGGGAAGGAGUGAGAGAGAGGCCCAGCAGGUGCCCCACCCAAAUCUGGAUGCAAUGGCAGAGACUGAAAUGGCCCCAGUUCCAGAGAAGAGCACCCUUUCCCUCAGAGACAUGGUUCCCUACUCCCAUCUCCUCCCUACUGUCUCCUCCCUUCUUCCCCAUCAGGUGGCCUCUGGAUAAAAACUCCCCUCUCAAACUGGA